AGCGUUAUUAGCGCCUAGUGGUACUAGAAAUGUAGCAUGCCUCGGUAUAGCGUGAUGUGGAGGGAAUGCGCAUAAGAAGUUUUACAUAUAUGCGUAUAGAUUGGCCUAGAAGCGCGCACGGUUUUGCUUUCCGUCUAAAUUUAAUCUUUUUCUCGUGUCCUUUUAUCAAUUUUUACUGUGUCGUUUUCGUUACUCCGUAUCCUACACGUGUUGAUAAAAUAUUUGUUUGCAACUCGUGCGCAACAAGCAUUGAUACUGUGCAAUUAAUACCUGUGCAAUUUGGCACUGGAAAACCAAAACCUUUGGAUCUGUAUUUACACGAAUUUUUAUGUGAGCUAAAUGUUCUAUCAACAAAUGGUUUUUUUUAUAAUGGACAACAAAUAAAAAUUAAAUUAAAUGCCUUUAUAUGUGAUGCGCCAGCUCGAGCUUAUUUAAAAUGUUGUACUUCUCAUAAUGAAAUAUGUAUUGUGUGGCUGAAUUUAUUAAAACUGCAGAGACGGAAGUUGUACCAACAAAAUGGGUUAAUAAACAAAGUACUAAGUGUUUUUGGCCUUAUUACAAAGGCACCGACCGAAUUAAAAAAGCUAUUUUAUCAAGCGAAAUUCCUGAUCCAGAGAAGUGGGACGAGUAUGAUACCAGAAUAUUACAUAAAUAUAAUACAUAUCAAGAAGCUCGCUCUCACUUAUCAAAAGCUGUAUAUACAUCUCAUUUGGAUUCGGAAGAAGAUAAUGAAUGUAGACGUAAAAGAAAAAGAAUAUCGAAAACUUGGUCUUCGAGUGAAGAAAGUGUUAUUUUAAAGAAACAAAAACAAAACAAAAAUAAAAGUAAAAUAAGGUCCCCACCUACAAUAAGAUUUGAUAAAUGUACUUUAGAUAAGGAAAACUUUGUAAACUCUCUAGCAGAGUUACCACGUGAAAGUUCGAGUUCCUCUAUUAUAGCUACUACUUCUAUGAAUGACGAUAAUAAUGAUAACGGUAAUAAUGGAUAUAGAGAUAAAAGAAGAAUGUCGGAGAUUUAUUCUUCAAGUGAAGACAGCUUUGUUUCAAAGAACUCAAAGCAAAACAAAAAUAGAAGUGAAAUAAAAUCUCCUAAAAUUACCUCAUUUGAUAAAUCUACUUCAAAUAGGGAAGACUCAACUUUAAAUUCUAACUUUCAAGAGGAAUCAUGUGGAAGAAACUUUAUGGAAAAUGAAAAUUUCAGUUCAUUUAUUAUGCCUACUACUAGUUCCAUGAACAAUAACAAAAAUGCAGGUGAACCACUGCUAUUGUUAAUUUUGAAAAAACUUAGGAAACUCGAUUAUGUGCAAAACAAUGUUAUUAUACCUGAUAUACAAGAAGUAUUAAACUAUAUAAAACCUCAACGAUUGGAAGUUCAAGAAACAAAUGUCCCAAUAACACUGCCAAUUGACAAUGACAUACAGCUUAAUGAAUUUGAGCAAUAUAUUUCGACUACUGAAAAUUAUAGAAUCAUGAUAUUGAAAUUUAGUCAUAUUGGAGGUCAUGGUACUGCAGGGAUCACUAGAAAAAUAAUGAAAAACCUUAUAACGUCUAAGUUUGCGAUGAAUUUUAAUUGGGGAGGAAAAGCUCCAAAGAGGCCUUUUAAAGAACUUAAAUCAAUGCAUUUGCUUCUUGAUUCUGUGCGUAAAGUAAUUCCUUCGGCGUCAACGGAAGAAAUUGAAUCAGCCAUUAAAGAUUGGCUGAAACAAGCCAAGACAAGAGUUAUGUCUUAUCAUUUCUAAUCGUUUCUCCCAAAGACAUAUAUUACACAUAUAUAUUUUUAUUUUAUUAUUAGUAAAAGACAUAUAUUACACAUAUAUAUUUUUAUUUUGU